AGACCCAGCCGAGUCAGAGAAGUGUGUCGCGCGCUGCCCACGACUUGUCAGAAAGUUGUGAAGUUCUCAGUUUGAAACACACACAGUUUAUGCGCGUUUUGUCGGAUGACUGGAUGCGAAGUUUGCUAUGGACGUUGGACGCUGAUUAAGUCAACAUGGGUAUGAAUGGCGGGGGUUUAUCUAAUGUCGCCUAACGCCCGUGCCCUGUGAGAAAGUUGAGGUUUUUGCCUGAGAGAUUUAGCUGAGCUGAGGAGCGGAUUUGAGAGCAGGAAGGUUUUUUUUUUUUUUUUUAAAUAUAUUUGCGUGAGGUGACUGUACUUUUCUUUUGUCUUCAUUUUGCCCACUCUGGAUCCUGUUAUCAUGACGCCUGACCUCCUCAACUUCAAGAAGGGAUGGAUGUCCAAACUGGACGAGAGUGGAGAGUGGAAGAAGCAUUGGUUUGUGUUGAGUGAUGCCGGACUGAAGUACUACAGAGACUCGAGCGCAGAGGAGAAAGAUGACUUGGAUGGAGAGAUUGACCUGAAAUCCUGUGUGAAGGUGUAUGAGUUUGAUGUGGAGAAGAACUAUGGGUUUCAGAUACAGACGCGGGAGGCCGCGUUCACACUGUCUGCCAUGACGGCUGGGAUCAGGCGGAACUGGAUAGAGGUUUUAAAGAAGAGUGUCCGGCCCAGCAGCUCUCCAGACCUCACACAAUUACCCGACAGCAGCAGUGACAAGGAAAACUCCCAUUCUCGCUUUGCACCAUCUUCCCGUCGCCCGUUGUCACGUCAUGCCGAUGCUCAGUCAGAAGUUCAGACUUCUGCACCCGCUGUGCAGCGCAGGUUUGACUAUGUUGAGCUGUCCCCGGUUCCUGCCUCACCUGGCCCUCUCCCAGCCAGUCAGAGAGAAGCAGGAGAGGGUCAGGGGAGGGAGCACAGCCAGUGGCAGGAGGAGAGGAAUACGAGCAGCCAGUGGGAGGCUGUGCUGUCCAGGAAAGGCACUGGCGGUGGAUCAAACCAGAGGCUACGCAUGGAGGAUGAAAUAGAGAAAAAGUGGGCAGAGUUUGAACGCAUGCCGUUGAAAGAGAUGAGCUCCAUUCCGCCAACGGGAUCGCGGUCUUCCAGCCAGUCAGCCAAUGAGGCGCUGCAGAGGGAGGUGGCGUCACUGAGGCAGCAGCUGGCACAACUACAAGGAGGGAGAGGAGGAGGAGGAGGAGGAGGAGGGGGAGUCGGAGGAGGUGUGAGGGGCAGCUGUGGCCCUGAGGCCCCCUGCGGCCGCAGCCUUGCAGCCAUGGAGCGCGCACAUCGACAGGCGCUAGAGGAGCUGCAGAGGCAGCAUGAACGCCAGGUCAAGGAACUGGAGACGGAGAAGGACCGGCUGCUGCUGGAGGAGACCCAGGACACAGCACGAGUAAUGGAGGCUUUGAAGAAGAAGCACAAAGAGGAGCUGGAGAGAGAGGUGGAGAGAGUCAAAAGGCUGACUAGUGGAGUGCUAGAUUCACAGACUUUGCGAGCCCAUCAGCAAGCAGAGAGUCAGGCCAUUCAGAGAGAGCUGGCUGGACUGUCUGAGCGUUACUCCCAAAAGUGUCUGGAGCUAAACCGUGCUGAGCAGACAAACGCUGAGAGGGAAAGGGAGAUCAGCCGCAAGGAGAGAGACAUGGAGCACCUGAGGAAAGAGAACCAUGACUUGAAGGCCCGUUUAAAGGAGGAGAUAAGUCGUAUGCAAUCCAGCAUCACAGAUCAGCGAUCAGACGACAACAAAGACAGGACGCCCUGUGAACUAGAGGUUCUUCUCAGGAUGAAAGAAAACGAGAUUGAGUACUUGCAUAAAGAGAUCAGCUGUCUAAGGAAUGAACUGCAGUUUCUUAACACGGAGAAACGGCUGGCCUGUGAGCGAUACACAGAGAUGCACGAGGAGCUGAGUGGGAUGAAGGGCCGCAGCGAGCGAGAGAUCCAGAGUCUGAAGGAGCACCUGAGGCUGGCCAUGGCUGCUCUGCAGGAGGGGCAGAAACUGGGGAACAGCCUGGACCACUGAGAGUCUGCAGCUGGUACCAAAGCUCUGACAGACAUAGACAGGUGGGUCUGCACCAUCGUGACUGAAUCCAAGAGGUAUACGGAAAAGCAGAGGAGACGAGUGUUGGACAUUUUCGGGCUGUGUGGGGACCAUGAUAGUGCCUUAGUUUUCAAUCAUUCUGCCAAUGAGCAGCAUAGAGUAGCUAUUAGCUGGUUUCAUUACACUGGGCCACACAUGCUAUAUAAAACUGCACUUUUUAAUUUUUUUUUAUUAUAGCUUUCACUUGCUUUUAGUGCAAGCAUGUAUGAGUGCGCAUUCGGUCUGACAACUGGAAUAAUUGUUGAGUGACUUGUAUUUUUUUUUUUAUCAGGUAGUGAAGAGUUCAUACUGUAUCAGCUUUUUUUGAGAAUCUUCUCAUUGGCUCUGUCUUCUGUCUGUCACAGAGGGGGUCAACACAGUUACAUAAGAACUACUGUCGUCUCCGUUUUUUAUGUUGUACAGCUUUUAAGUCAUGUUUACGCUGUGAAAAUGGCACACCUUUCUUAAGAAAUGGGAGCUAUCAUUUGCUGAUAUUUUUUUUUUACCAGGAAGCAAGUGUGCUUGUGUAGUAUUGUCAGUCAGUAUGAAAUUCUCAAAAAAAAAACAUGAUUGGGAUUAAUACAGGAAAAGACAGCAAGCCCUUUUUUCCUGAUGGGCUGAAUUAGAAGUUGAUCUGUCAUUGUGUAGAAGCAAAUUCAGGCUCAACUUUCUUUGGGGAUGCUUGUGAAAGCUGUUGAAUGAAUGUUAUCCCACAUCACAGAACGUCAUGUUUUUUAAAAACACGGCUGAGAAGAAGGAACUCUCAGGCUUCCAGUCGCCCUUGAUCAUUAUUGGCAUUUAUGUGCCACCACCACAGCAGAUGACAGGUGUUGCAUUGAUGAGCCAAUUCUUUUUUUUAUUGACAGUAUGAAUUGUGAUAAAAUGACUUAUCUACCUGCCUUUUGGAAAUAUUUUCAUAUUUAAAGUACUGUAGAGCCUGUAUCAUCUUUGUAAAUUAUACACAAUUUUUGCAAUCAAUAAAAAAGUUUAACAGAAA